CGUCACCUCAGCGGCUCUCACUCAGCACGACAACUUCCGUCUGAAGUCUUCUAACAGCUUAGAACUUAAAUGCGACGGCUCUAAGCGCAGGGCAGGUUAUUUCUGAGCUACGCCCCCUCAUAUACGGAGAAAAGACGUCUCGUCUGCCUGUGCUUUCCGUCAACACCAUCCAGCUUCCCCCGCUCUCGAUCCCGGUAUUACUCUCCGAUUCCGCAAUCAUGGCGGCUGGUCUUAAGACUAUCAUUGCGCUUUCUUUCGUUCUUGCCAUCGGCUUUCUCCUUGUCAUCCUUUCGUCGGCGUUAUGGCACAACUUCCUUCCGCUUAUUGUCGUCGCAACCUACGUUAUUGCUCCCCUGCCGAAUUGGAUCUGCAGUCGAUGCGCGAACCCAGAUGACUUCAUGGAUAGCGCCGGGAACGGUAUCGUUGAUUUUGGCCGUUUCCUUACCGGAUUCUUGGUUUUGAUGGGAAUCGCGCUCCCUGCAUUGCUUGCUCACAGCGGCGCGAUUGAGAUCCCUGCGAUGGUCAUGUCGAUCAUUGGCGGUCUUCUUAUCUACGGAACAAUCAUUAGCUUCUCAAUGUUCUUCCAGGAGCAGGAGGAAUUCUAAGCCUGGGUGUACUCGCCGCUAUUGCAAGGCAAAUCUUGUAAUGACGAUUGCAGUGCUCCAAGAAUGUUUAAAUAUUUUGUCGACCUUUUAUCUGAUGAACCAACAACCUCAGUAAUGGCGGAUGUCUUUAUUAUCCAUCCCUGAUGAGGAUCUUUUUCAUGUUUCAUGUUCUAGCGCGAUGAUUUUUGCUAUCAGUUUUGGUGUACAAUAGGCUUAAUGAGAUAUAUAGAGCGUUCACAGAACUCAGAAGACUCAUCACUGCCUAUACCUCUCAACAUCAAUAUCAAUAUUUCU